CCUGAAGAACGAUCGAACUUGGCCAUAUCACUUGUAUAUUGGUGACGUUUGUCACACCAUUUGUGCGAUUUAAUUUAUUUGUUUUAGCUAUCGAAGUAGAUAUAGAUAUAUGUACAGAUAUAAAGGCCGCGCCGAUCAGGGCCUCUCCUCUACGAGCGUGUGAGCUGGUCGUCGAUUCGUUGUCCAUUGCAAUCGACACUGGCGUUCAAACCCGACUCUGCCCGACUGCAUGGUAAUUAUAAGUUUCUGAAAGUGUAUCGCUUCUCGUUGUCGCGUGGGAUUUCAUGCACGACACGAUACGAGUAUACUAUUUCGUGUUGUUUUUCCUCAUCAUUGUUUUUCGCCGAUUGUACAUCAUUUAUUGAGCACAAUUUAUCGAAUUACUACUUGGUGCGUGAGAUCGCGUGCAAAUUUAUACAACGAUAUCGGGUAAUUAAUGUUUCGCGAGAUAUUUACGCGGCAGACACGUUUACGACGUAACGCGGCAAAAUUUUAAUAGCUUAAAAGACUUUUUAUCGAACAAGCCACGUGCACACGAGCGAGCUGUAGUCAACCUGGACCGAUUGUGAGAUUAAAUCGUAGAGAUACAGAGUAUAUAAUUGCUCUGUAAUAUCUUUGCAACACAGAGAAUCCCAGACAGCACACGAUAUCCUAUGGAUGUCCUGGGAACAUUCUUAGGGCAUAAGGACGUCCAGAGGAUGUCUUUAAAACGUCUUCAGGAGAUCUGUGCUGUCUGGGAUAUGCCAAGUGUCCCUUCAAGUGGACCAGGCUCCACUAAACACACUCUGUGUACGACGAGUGUGGCACAGGUGUGAUUGAUUCAAUAGAAUCAAGUGUCCAACGAAAUUACACGCGAUAACGACGUCGCGCGCGCACCUGCGUGUUUUCGAAAGUCCUUUCGUCUCGGCAACGAUUGGAUGUAUUACAUAAAUUUGUGUGCGCACGAAUGAAUUCACAUUUGUCGGCAUUAUCAUGAUCAAACAGACAAAAAUUGCACCGCUCUUGGUGCAGUGUACACAUAUAUAUAUCGCGUAAGCGAAUGAAAUUUUGGUAUUGCGUUGCCAUCGAAGGAACUGACCCUGCUUACAAGAUGAACCGUUGGAUACUCGUUUUCGCGGCGUUGGCUGCUUUGGCCUCGGCUGCCGACACGGGGAAAAAGAUCGUAUGCUACUUUGGUAGCUGGGCCGUCUACCGACCUCCCGGUGGCAAAUUCGACAUUUCUUACAUUCAGCCGAAUCUUUGCACCCACCUGAUCUACACCUUCGUCGGCAUCAGCACGGAGGGCGACGUCAGGGUUUUGGACGCGUGGCAGGACCUGCCCGACAACUGGGGCAAGGACGCCUUUGGCAGAUUCAACAAGCUUCGCGAACAGAGCCCCGAGACGAAAACGCUCAUCGCUAUCGGUGGAUGGAACGAGGGAUCCGCCAAAUACUCCGCCGUCGUCGCCAAUCCGACUGUUCGCGCUAGAUUCGUCAAGAACGUCGUUGACUUCGUACAGAAAUACAAGUUCGAUGGCUUCGACCUCGAUUGGGAGUAUCCGAACCAGCGCGGCGGGAAACCAGAGGACGUGCAAAACUAUAUAAGUCUGCUGAGGGAACUCAGAACCGAAUUCGAUAAGCAUGGGCUGAUUCUCAGUGCCGCCGUCGCCUCUGCCGAGACUUCCGCCUCUCUCUCCUACGAUAUUCCCGCAAUGUCCAAAUACCUGCACUUUAUCAACGUUAUGGCGUACGAUCUCCACGGUGCCUGGGAGAAGACAACCGGUCUCAACGCUCCGCUUUACAAGCGCACGGGCGAGUCGGGCAACGAUCUUAAGCUCAACGUCGACGCGUCCGUACGCUAUUGGCUGGACAACGGUUGUCCGCCCGAGAAACUAAUCCUCGGGGUGCCGUUCUAUGGCAGGGCCUUCACUCUCGCCGACAAGAAUCAAAACGGCCUUGGAGCGCCUACCACCGGACCGGCUACCGCCGGCCCGUACACUCGCGAGGGUGGAAUGCUGGGAUACAACGAGAUUUGCGAGUUCUUUAAGCAGGGCGGCUGGAACGUUGUCCGUCACGAGGAGCACCGCACUCCAUACGCUUACAAGGGCGACCAAUGGGUCGGCUACGACGACAUCAUCUCGCUUAAGGAAAAAACUGCCUACAUCAACUCCUUGGGUCUUGGUGGCGCAAUGUUGUGGAGUAUCGAGACUGACGACUUUUUCGGCAACUGCGGUGAAAAGUAUCCCCUGCUGAAAACGUUGAACGCCGGACUGAGGGGAGGAGUAGAGCUCCCGGUAGAGCCACCCAAGCCACCCAAGCCAACCGAGCAACCACCGCAAACGACGCAACCGCCGCAAACGACGCAACCACCGCUGACUGCACCUCCCACUGGUAUCUGCAAAGAAGCCGGUUACGUUCGCGAUCCCCAAGAUUGCAGCGUAUUCUAUAUGUGCCAAGUUAUCGAUGGCGCUUACAAAGCACAAAAAUUCAAUUGCCCAGAGGGACUAGCCUUCGAUCCUCAAUUCAACGGUUGCAAUUUCAAAAAUCUCGUUAAGGGAUGCUAGUAACGAUACCGUAAAUUAAUACCGUUUCGAUUAUAGCCUCAAACAGAUAUGCCUUUACAUCUUACGUCACAUUCUUUCUCUUUGUAACAACUUGUUCACGUUGUAACGUUUGCAUGUAUGUGUUUACAAUAAAGCCUAUAAGAGUCACUCCGUC